UCCACUCCUCAGCCACCCUCGACUCUUUCAACCAAUCACAUGUCGGCUUUAUACGGGAACUUUCGGUGCUAAAUUAAAGGGCCGUCUUGCCUCUCGUUAGUUGGAGUUUGUUCGUGGGGACAUCCCAACCACUUAUUUAAACCCACACAGCAUCAUAAUAACAUAAUGGACACCGCACGGGAAGACGAGUUGCUUGCGAUGGAGAAUAUAUUUGGACCGGAUGAAUUUCACCGAAGCGAAACUUCCUCGGGUGGAGUGAUGAAAGUGUGUCCGCAGCUUCCACAUGAUUUCAAACUAAUUGAAAAAGCAGGUGAAAUAAACCAAGAAUAUGAUGUAAAAUUCCUGCCGCCUCUGGUAGUGGACUUUGAGCUUCCUGCAACAUACCCAGAUCAUUCCUCGCCUGCUUUUACACUGAGUUGCCAGUGGCUCCGCCAUAAUCAGCUUUCAAAGAUAUGCAGGCAUCUAGAGGACAUUUGGCAGACUUCUGGAGGAGAGGCUGUGCUCUUCUCCUGGUUCCAGUUCCUAAGAGAGGACCUCCUGGGCUUCCUGUCCAUCCACUCUCCCUGGGAGAUUCCCUGCAUGGAGGAGCCUCAGGAUACAGACGGCAGAGACCCACGGGUCACUACUACUACCAGUAUCCCUGACACAGAUCUUCUGCAGUGGCUCCUAGACCACAAUCAAAAGAUGCAGCAGAGGGAGUUUGAAGGACAAAGUUUUGAGUGUGGGAUUUGCUUCUUCGCAAAGUAUGGUUUAGAGUGCCACAGAUUCACCGGCUGUGAGCACAUCUUCUGUAAGGACUGCAUCUCUAACAUUUUCAGGAUUGCCAUUGAAGAGGGAAGGGUGCUCCAGUUCAACUGUCCUGAUACUGACUGUGACUCUGUGGCCACUUCCUCAGAGGUUAAGGCACUGGUGGGUGAGGAGCUAUUCGGUCGGUAUGACCAGCUGCUGCUGCAGAAGACGCUGGACUGCAUGGCUGACGUGGUGUAUUGUCCUCGUGCCAACUGCAGCUCCCCGGUGGUCCUGGAGCCGGGGGAGUCCUGGGCUUUCUGUGCAUCCUGUGCGUUUGCCUUCUGUAAUAGAUGCCGUCAGGGGUACCAUGGGGUGAAUGUGUGUCCCAAGAACACCUCUUUAGGUGCCAAAGCACAGGAUAUAGGUACCCUGUCAGCCUCAAGCUCUGAAUACGCAUCACUGCCAAAGACUGUAGCGAGGAUGCGACAUCUGUGGGAAGACUAUGAAAACGGCACUAAACAGAGAAAGAAACUUCUGCUGGAGCGAUACGGGAGGAGUGUGUUCCUUGCCGGUAUAGAUGAUGCCCUGAGUGGUUACUGGAUAGAGACCAACACCCAAGAGUGUCCUAGAUGUAGCGUCAAAAUACAGAAAACAGGGGGCUGCAACAUAAUGCAGUGUGCACACUGUUCUGCUACCUUCUGCUGGGUUUGACGUGCGAUAAUAAAGCCCUUAGGUGACUAUUACAGGCACAGAAUUGGAACCUGUACUGAAGAGACCAAAUAGGGGAGGGUUAUGUCAGGGACAGGAAAUGGAGACACAGACUUCCACAUGAAGGCUGAAAUAUCAUCUCACUGACCAAGCAUUCAUUAUGCCAUGUUUUUAUUUUACUGGACCAUACAUCAACAAGGCAGCUUGUACAUUCCAUUUCACACUCUACAACAUAUGGAAAAUCAGGACUUACCUGACUCAAUAUGCUACCCAACUCCUGUUACAGACCAUAGUCAUCUUACGCCUUGACUACUGUAACGACCUCCUGACAGGUCUCCCAGCAGUGAACGACCUCCUGACAGGUCUCCCAACGGUGAAACCCCUUCUGAUGAUCCAGAACGCGGCGGCGAACCUGGUCUUCAACCAACCCAAAAGGGCACGUUACCCCGCUGCUCACCCAGCUACUGGCUACCUAUGGCCGCCCGCAUUAAAUUCAAGUCACUAACGCUUGCCUACAAAGUAGUCUCCGGUUCUGCUCCCACUUACUUGAAUGCCCUCAUACAGGCAUAUGCCACCUCCUGACCGUUGCACUCCUGAGACAAUUAGGACGUCUGGUUCUGUCACCCGUAUGCUCAAGGCAAUCCAAACUUUUCUCAUCUUUUGUCCCUAUUGGUGGAAUGCACUACCAGUUUCUACCAGAGCAGGGGCACCCUCUCUAUCUUCAAAAAACUCCUGAAGACCCAGCUCUUCAGAGAGAAUCUCCUCUCGUAGCACUACCUACAACUAGCCUGGACCUUGCUAAUUCUAGCACUUAUUAUCUGAUUAGAACUGACACUUGACUGUAUGGAAAUAAAUAGCACUCACUGAUGCA